AUGGACGCCGCUAGGCUGUUCUGCGUGGGUGAGUCCCUGCCCUUCCAGAGCCCGACUCUUAAACGCAGCUCCCCUUUCAGCCUGAGCUCGGCGGCUGGUGGCCAGUUUGCGCAGUUCAGCCUCACCUUGCUCUUACGGCGGCCACAUCAUGGGUUCCAGGUCCUGCUCAUUUGCUGUCUCAGGCUGUCCCCAAUGUCGUGGGGCACCUCAACUGGCAGUGUGAACAUGUCCCCGGGAUAUGCUUUCAUCAGGGGGCGCUGUGGCCACGCGACCGCCCGCUCGCGGCCCCGUCUGGCCCGGCCCAGCGAGCCGCGCAUCCGGGCAGAGCCGCGGCCGCGCUCCCACGAGCCGCCCGCCUACGCCGCUCAGCCUGGGCUCCGCUUCAGCCCCGAGCCCCAGCCCCCACAGCCCGCUGAGACCUAA